AUCUCCAACUGUUACUCCAUCAACCGGCAUUUGCCCUCCCCCGUGCAAUUUUACGUCACUGGACUGGGCUCUGCCCUCGCGGAGAGUUCAUCAUCGCCCUCAUCUUCUCAGGCCGCAGGACAGUCGACGGCAGCGGCGGAGGAAGCCAGCACUUCUGAAACCGAUGGGUCUCCAGUCGCAAAGAGUACUCUAGCUCGACUGAAUCUGGUCAACGCGGAGAACUGGGACCUCUUCCUGAAAAUGGUACCACUUUGA